AUGAAGGAUCGAAAAGUGCCAAUCAUGAAGACGAGCGCGAAGUCCAACCUGGCUCACGGAGAAGCCAAUGCAGGGAUGGCAGGUCUUGUGAAGUGCGUCCUGAUGUUGAACCAUCACAGUGUUUCUCCGAACGUGCAUUUCUACUGCCUCAACCCGCAUGUGGACAUGAAUGGUUAUCCCUGCCAGAUUUCGGGAGAGCUCCUGGAUCUGGGCUCUAACACCGGCUACGCGGGUGUCUCUUCCUUUGGCUUUGGUGGCACCAAUGCGCGGGCCGAUAUCUGGGCCAAAGCAAACACUGGCUUCAGAAAAGUUCGUCCGGUCGACCUCAACAUGCUUGAAAACGUGACUGUGCGAUGCCCGAAGUGCUUGGGCAGUAUGGAGUGGAAGAGCUCUGACGCAGUACCCUCACGGCUGCCGAAGCCAACGGGACAGGGCCGGAGGCGGGCACAUUGCGUCCGCGAGUCUGACAACUACGAGUUCUGUAGCACCUUGGCUUGCCACACUCACUUCAGACGCGAUUGUUCGCAUCAUCUCGGCAUGAUGAGUGUCAUAACUGGGAUGAUUAUUGGUAUAGUUCUACGUGUCAUUCCCACCAGCAAAUUCUGGUAUGCUGUGCGAGUGUAUAACGCUGUACAGCAUGACCCAGCGACAACGACGCACAAGGAGAAUCUCAAAGGCCCAUCCAUGCCAAGGGGGCAGGCUGAGAUGUGCACCCUCCCGGAGACUUUAGUCCCAGUCUUGCCUUCCCAUCAUUUGCCGACGGGCUGA